AUGAGGAAGCAGUACAUUUUCCCCAUUUUGGACAUCAAAGAGCUAGUGAUGUGCCUUCAAAGCUGUGGAUUUACUGCAAGUGAGGAUCUUAUUGGCAGACCGACUCGGGAGUAUGUUCAGACUUUGUUGGAGCAGGUAGCUGAUCAGUAUCUCGGAAUCAGCAGCCAAGUAAUUUACAAGAUCAAAGAGAACAACAAAGAGAACAACAGUGUGCAUGUAGUGAUUUACUUGCAACGAAUAAUGUAUCAAUUUCUUAAAGUCUGCGGGAUCGAUGAUUUCAACAUUAUGGAUAUAAUGAAGCCAGAUUCUAAUCGUGUUCUGGUAAUCCUCAGCGGAAUAGUGAAUUUUGCCCGGUUUAGAGAAGAACAUUUGAUAGACUGUGAAUCAUUUUUGAACACUAGCGAGCAGAUGGUUAAAGAAUACAAGAAUUUGGAACAAUCCAACGAGAAAAUGAAAGAAAACAUCGAACAACUGAAACAGGGGGACAAUGAUAUCGAUAAGAUCAACAAGGAAAACAAAGACAUUGAGAAUAAACUUAAAUCUCUGAUUAGUAAACAGGAGGAAUUGACUCAGCAGAGGCUGGCAUAUAAGGAAGAGAGAAUAAACCUCAUUGAAAAGCUCCGGGAAAAUGAUGAACUUAUAGGCAAUUUGAGACAGUUCAACUUGCAACUACAAGAAGAAUCUUCAACUUCGAUCAAAACGCGGAAUCAAGCACUGCAAGAGCAACUAAAUCAGGAACAAACAGUUUUGAGUGGAUUGGAGCUCAAGUCUAGGAACCUUAGCGUUUCUAUUGAAAGUUUCAGUCUAUUGAAUGUGGAGGUCGAGAAUUAUUUGAAGCUGAUGAGAGAUGUGGAGGCUGAAGUGAACAAACAAGAGUUGUUGAUGGAAAAACUUGGCAAGCAUGGAGAGGCAUUAGAGACGGACCAAUUGAAAAGUAAUGAGUUAAAGUAUCGCGUACACCAACUUUCUAGACAAUUGAACACACAAAAAGAUAAAAUUGACACCUUAAAAACUACAAUGGAAGAGAAACGGAAAACAAACAAUGAAAAAUUAACCACAAUUCACGAUCAAUAUACCACUUUAAUAGCGGAACGAGACUUAAACGAGCAAGAUCUCAACACGAAGAAGAACUACAUCGACAGUUUGGAGCAGAAAAUGUCAGAAAUGUCCAGACUCUUGGAUCAAGAGGUACAAGAUUGUAAUUUGGAAUUACUGAGACUGAACAGUCAUCUUAAACUUUAUCUGAAAGAGAUGGAGAAAACCAAAGUCAAUGAGUACAUACAGAUUAUGUAA